CACCUCACAAACCCGCGCCUUCCGCCUCCGACAUGUUCGCCCUCGUCAUCGGCGUCGUGCUGCUCGGACUCGUGUAUGUGACUUUAGUGAACACUCUGUUUAAGAAGUCGAAAUGUACAGGGACGAGGGAAAUCAACGGGAAAACAGUCAUAAUUACAGGUGGGAACACCGGUAUUGGCAAAGCCACGGCGAUGGACCUCGCGGGACGAGGCGCGAGAGUGAUCCUGGCUUGCAGGAACAAACAGAAAGCCGAAGCUGCCAUCAGUGAUAUUAAAAAGGUAACUGGGAGUACGGAUGUAGUGUACAUGCAGCUCGAUCUGAGCAGUCUGAAAUCGGUGCGUUCCUUCGCCGAGACUUUCCUGAAGCAGGAAUCCAAGCUGGACGUACUUAUUAACAAUGCAGGUCUUGUAGCGGACGGUCGAACCGAAGACGGUUUUGGUAUCGAGUUUGGUGUCAAUCAUCUUGGGCACUUCCUGCUGACGUGCCUCUUGCUGGACCGCCUUAAGGAGAGUCCUGGAGCCCGGGUUGUCACCCUGUCCUCAAUGGCUUACCAAUGGGGCAAGAUCGAUUUUGAUGCGCUGGUUACCAGUAAAGACCUGGGAAGUGGGAGAUACAGUUGGCAGUUCUUUCAGGCCUACUGCAACAGCAAGCUUUGUAAUGUUCUCUUUACACAUGAACUCGCCAAGAGGCUGAAAGGCACUAAUGUCACCUGCUACAGCGUUCACCCCGGUGUCGUGAAAACCGAGCUCUCUCGACACGUCAGUCUCUGGCAGAAGGUGUUCAUCGAACCAGUAUCCUGGCUGCUGUUCCUGGACCCAGCCACCGGCGCUCAAACGACCCUCCACUGCGUACUACAGAAAGGCAUCGAGCGACUCAGCGGGCGCUACUUUUCUUGCUGCGAUGUACAGGAAGUCAGCUCCAAAGCCAGAGACAAUUCCGUAGCCAAGAAGUUAUGGGAAGUGAGUGAGAAUUUAUGUGGCCUCUCCUAAACCCUACAAAGAAGUGUCAAACCUGCAGCCUGUGAGACUUGAAAAACCAAUUUCUGGUCUUUUAGACGUUUACGUUCUGGAAAUUUUUUAAGGACUAUAAUUGGUGCAGUUGAUGGUUGCAUUAAAUAAAAGUUCUCUGGGAUAUCGAAAUGCACAAUGCUUUGCAUUUUGGGCUCUUUUUGUUGUUCCAUAUCUAAUUUAGCAAGAAAAAAACUUAUAAAACUGUGUUUACAUUUUAUAUUUUAUGUGUUUUAUAAUCUGUUCAUGUUCAGUUAUUGUAAUAAAAUGUCAAUUUGCCAAUG